AUGGAAAGAUCUAAGGGAAAAACACAAAAUUAAGCUUAAGCUUAAUAGUUUAAUAAUUAGCAAUAGUCUGAACUGCAGAUACAUCUGGCUAAUAACUAUCAGAGUUUGUAGUUAAGAAAUCAAAGAUCUACUUAUUUAUGCGAGGAAUUAGAAAAUAUUAUCUAUAACAAGCUUGACAAUUAUAGAGAUGAGACUGAAUAUAAAUACAAAAAGCUAAAGCAGAAAUAAUUGAGUCUGGAACAGGAAAAAAAAUUAGAGGAGGAAAUUAAUAAGAAGCUCUCUGGCCUAGAUAAAAUCCUAAAUAAAGCACUCUCAAUUAACCCUUCUAUUUUCACAAAUGGCUAACAUGAAGAGGAGAAAAUAGUGAAUCAAGAAAACUCAAGUCAUAAUUAAAAACCAGAAAAGUCCACUAUUCUUAGAGGAAAAAAGCCUAUUUUAUCUUCCUCCUAGGCAUAAUAAAAAACAGUAAAAGGCACCGUUGUUAAAAAUAGCAAUUAAGAUAAUUAAGCGAGUAUAGUUAGCACCUUAACAGCAAUGUAAGAGGAGCCAGAGGAAUAGAGCCUUGAUCUUUAUCGUAUCUACCGUAAUGAUAAUGAAAUAAAAACAAAAAGUUAAGCAUUAACUAAAAUAAGAGAUCUUAAGAAAUAAUGUCGAGAUUAAGUAAAAUCUCUAAUGCAAUAAGAAGAUACUAUAAAAUCUAAAUGUGAUCGUAAACUUAAGAAGCUAACAUAGUUGAGUCGUCUAGCCAGGAGUAAGUAUUAAAUUGAAGUAAAUGCAUAGCAGUAAAAAAAUCAAGAAUAUGAGCUCAUUGAAAUAAAUUAACUUUGUGCGAAUGUAGUCGAGCAUUAAAAGAAAUUAGAGAGUGGAAGUCUGAUAAUAAAAAGUGGAAUACUUGAAAAUAAGUUGAACUAGUUUUAGAAUGCAUAGAGGAAUAUAAGUUAGCAGUUCUAUGACUAUUAUGCACUAUGGGUCUUGAAUAAAAGGCUUAGUGAAACAUAGGAAGGGAUAAAGAGGACUAAGGUGUUUAUUAUACAAAACAUUGAGGUCCAAAGAGACUUGUUCAAAAACACCUUUAUCAUAGAUUAAACUCUUUCUCUGGUGCCCAAAAAAACCUAGACUAAUGAAGAAAUAUAGAAUCAUAUUCUUGAGUAAUGUGAGGAUGAACUCUUAGAGCUCUAUAAGGAGUCUCUAAAGAGCUUGAAAGCAAAGCCAAUUAAUGUUGAGACUGUGUCAGUAGAUCAGCUUUUAAACUCUAUUCUAAACAAUAAAUAACUCUUAGGUCUUUAGAAAAAGAUCAGAGAAAUUUUGAGUUGUUUGGAUAUGAUUGAAGAUUUUGAUGUUCAAAGUAAUACACUAGAUUAUGCAAUUAAAAUGCUUUAGGGUGGAUUUAACGCUCUUGGUAAUAGUGGGAAUGGCAAAAAUGCUGGAAUAAAAGUUCUCUAGGAAUUGAUCAGAGCUGUUGGUGUAAGAUAAAAUGCACUUGGUAGUAAUAAUAGUACCAAGAUGAAAUAUAAUUUGAUAAUUUAUCAAUGA